GAUGGCUUCUUUGAGUACCUGAGGGAACUUGACUGUUCAGAUAUUGAGAUAUAUGCUGUUACUGAAGGAUCAGUAGUCUUUCCGAAGGUACCGCUGAUGAGGAUUGAAGGGCCAAUUGCUGUGGUUCAACUGUUGGAAACUCCAUUUGUAAACCUCAUAAACUAUGCAUCACUAGUUACUACUAAUGCUGCAAGACACCGUUUCGUAGCUGGAAGGUCCAAGAUACUGCUUGAAUUUGGGCUUCGGAGAGCACAGGGUCCUGAUGGUGGUAUAUCAGCAUCUAAAUAUUGCUACAUGGGUGGAUUUGACGCGACAAGGAGGAUCACUGUCUUUUUGUGUUUUGACAGCAAUGUGGCAGCUGGAAAGCUGUUUGGAAUCCCACUCCGUGGCACCCAUUCCCAUGCCUUUGUUAGCUCAUUUCUGAGCCCGGAUGAGAUCAUAGAGAAAUCACUUCAACAUCGUGAUGGUUCUAGUGUUUGUGAAGAUUUCGUUAGUCUGGUGCAGACAUGGCUUAAUAAAUUAAAGUGGUCACACUUAUUAGGUGGAAUUUUCAGUGAGACAAACCAAAGUGAGUUAGCAGCUUUCACCUCAUAUGCACUCGCAUUUCCUGGAAGCUUUUUGGCACUUGUAGACACUUAUGAUGUAAUGAGAAGUGGUAUACCAAAUUUUUGUGCAGUUGCUCUUGCACUUAAUGAUUUGGGGUAUAAAUCUGUGGGCAUUAGACUAGACUCUGGUGAUCUUGCUUAUCAGUCAUGUGAAGCUAGGAAAUUCUUUCGUGCUAUUGAGAAAGAAUUUGGAUUGCCUGGUUUUGGAAAGAUGAACAUCACAGCUAGCAAUGACCUUAAUGAGGAAACUCUGGAUGCACUAAAUAAACAAGGUCAUGAGGUGGAUGCAUUUGGUAUUGGAACUCAUCUGGUUACCUGUUAUGCUCAAGCUGCUCUUGGUGUUGUUUUCAAGUUAGUUGAAAUAAACAAUCAGCCUAGAAUCAAACUUUCUGAAGAUGUGUCAAAGGUCUCUAUUCCAUGCAAAAAGCGGUGUUAUAGAUUGUAUGGGAAGGAAGGAUACGCCCUUGUAGACAUAAUGACUGGCGAAAAUGAGCCACAGCCUAAGGUAGGUGAACGAAUUUUGUGCCGCCACCCAUUUAGUGAAUCUAAAAGGGCAUAUGUGGUGCCCCAGCAUGUUGAGGAGCUUUUAAAGUGCUUUUGGCCUGGAAAUUCAGAUAAAACAAGAGAAGACCUUCCUCCGUUGAAGGAGAUCAGGGAAAGAUGUAUUGAACAACUGGAUAAAAUGCGACCAGAUCACAUGAGAAGGCUGAACCCAACACCAUAUAAGGUCAGUGUAAGUGCAAAGUUAUACGAUUUCAUCCAUUUCCUCUGGCUCAAUGAAGCACCUGUGGGCGAGUUGCAGUGACCAUAAAUGAACAGUUUGAGGACUUAAACUGGAACAUCCGUUGGUUGAAAAGAGUCCUUCUAGACUUUCCGCAAUGUGUAUCUUUUUCCUCAUGUAGUCUAAAAUUUUCAUAAAGAAACCAACCAAAGCAAAGUACUUUUCUUCUUUUUUUCUGAUGCUGUUACGAGUGAAAUGUAUAAGCCUUUUUCAAAUUUGUAAAAGUCAAUAAAAGUGCGGUUGUUUUUCUUCCGCUUGCUUCUUUCUA